AUGUUGAGCUUCUUGGGUGCGAGGAAGAGGAGCGGCACCACCAACCCCGACGGGGGCAGUGGUGGUUCGCACAUCGUGCGGAAGGAGGCUCGCUCGGCUUCCAUCGGGUCUGGCCCCUCCAAAUCCAAGGGACCCUACCAUUUGUCCAAGGAGGUGUUGGACUUUGACCUCGGCGAGGGCGCGUGCCCGGUCAACGAGAUGGUCAAGGAUACCUUCAUCAUCACCAACACCACCCCGACCAAGGUCAAGUUCCACUUCGAGCCGGCGUCGAUGGGCCACUGCAAACUCCUAUUCGAGCCCUCCUCUGGCACGAUCGGGGCCGGGGCCAAGAACAAGGGAACGAAAAAGAUCAUCGCCAAGCUCACCCUGAGCAACAGCGAACCGGUCAACUUCCGUGUGAACCUUAAGAUCACAGACAAAAACAACCGAACGGAGACGCUGUUCCUCGUGGUGCGAACGCACACCCUGCACGGCAUGUUCGGCGUCGACCCCUCGACCCUGGAGACCGUCUACGACGCCGGGUUCGACGUGCCGUCCAUCUUGGUGGAGAUGAAGAACUACCUCCUCCAUCAGGACGCCUGGCAGCAAGAGGGCAUCUUCAGGUUGGCGGGUGAGGCGUCGGACAUCAAGUACCUCAAGCAGCAGAUGAACAAGGCCAAGCGCCUCGAUGUCUCGACCAACCCCGACAUCAACGCCAUCGCCAACCUCCUCAAGGCACACCUGCCUACACCCAUAUUGAACGAACUGCCCGCCGAGGCCGUGUGCAACUCGACCGACUUCCAGGUGUGCGUCGACGCCUACGACACGCUCAAGGAACCGCAGCGAUCUCUCCUGGGCUGGCUGCUGGACCUGAUGGUGGACGUGUGCUCUCAAAAGAGCGUCAACAAGAUGUCCGAACAGAAUCUCGCGAUUGUGGUGGCGCCCAACCUGUACGACCCGCCUGGCUGCGACCCGAUGGAAGGACUGGUGAUGUCGCAGAAGGCCGUUCAGUUCCUGCACCACCUCGUCCUCUACGAAAUCGAGAGACGCGCCGCAGCAGCGGAAACCCAUCAUCAUGGGGCGGAAGAUUACGGCUACGACAACGCGGGCGAAGACUACGGCCAAUGGCAGUAG